GCUGUGUCAGACAAGCCCGGCUGCCCAGGAGCCAUGGCGUCUUAUUUUGAUGAGCAUGACUGCGAGCCGUUGAACCCUGAGCGUGAGGCCCGUAAUAACAUGUUGCUGGAGCUCGCGAGAAGAGUGCGCGGGGCUUGGAGCUGGGCCCCAGGCAGCAGAUCACUCUUUAAUAGGAUGGACUUUGAGGACCUGGGAUUGGUAGAUUGGGAGCACCACCUUCCCCCACCAGCUGCCAAGGCUGUGGUGGAGAGCCUCCCUAGAACAGUCAUCAGUAGCUCCAAGGCUGAUCUCAAGUGCCCCGUGUGUCUUCUGGAAUUUGAGGAGGAGGAGACUGUCAUUGAGAUGCCCUGCCAUCAUCUCUUCCAUUCCAACUGCAUUCUGCCCUGGCUAAAGAAGAGAGAGCAGGGGUGGGAGUCAGGAGCAGGAAAGGGCUGGAAUACUGCUCCUGAUUUUUCUAGACAAAUUCCUGCCCUCUGUGCCGCCAUGAGCUGCCCACUGAUGACGACAGUUAUGAAGAGCACAAGAAAGACAAGGCUCGGAGGCAGCAGCAGCAGCACCGCCUGGAGAACCUCCACGGAGCCAUGUACACAUGAGGCAGCAGCUAGGGCUGAGAGCUCAGCCUCUCUGAUACCUCCCCUUUGCACUUUCAGUCUUCAUUAAAGGUUUCUUUACCCGCCCUGCAGCUGCACUGCUCACCAGCUGAAGCGGGGGCUCCAUCUGAAUCCUCCACCCUGCUGCUAGCCAGAAAGACGUCCAAGGUGUCGAAUGGCAGAAGGUGUCAGGCUGCAUUUCCCUCUCUGUCAGCCUCUAGACUUUGGGUGGUGGGGCCCUGGAACAACCAGAGCUUGGGUCUGAGUGUUCUUUUAGAAGUCAAACUGUGUUAGAGCCUGGCACUUUGUAGCUAUUUAAAACUGAUAAAUUAACUUGCACCACCCCCUUCCGGAAAUCUCUAGUUAACCUUGGAACCUUUAGUUAACACUGGAAUCCUGGGGGUGUUCUUUAUUUCCACAGAGAAAACUUUUAACAUUGUAAAAGUUGCUCUCUGUAUCCCGCGCCCCCCAACCCCCAUCAAGGAAUCAAAGUUCAAGCCAGACUGAGUAGGGGAAAGAAGUGAGACUAUGAAGCCAAGCCAGUUCUUUAUAAAGGGGACAAGCCCUUGUGGAGGUUUUGAAAGUGGGUUUCACUCUGUGACCUUGGCUGGCUUGGAACCCACUGUAUAGACCAGGCUGGCCUUGAACUUAGUACCACUAUGCUCACACCCUUAUGAUGUAUUUGAAUGGCAUCUGUCACUCUUAGUUUCUGGCAACCUCAAGAAUCUUUCCUGGAGGAAAGGACUUCUUUCCAUCCCUCCCUGCUGGAUCGGACCGUCUCUGAAUCUCCGGAACAGACUGCAAACAUGCAAAUUAGAAUUCUUUUAAUAGAUAUAAAAAAAAGUACUAAAAUA